GUUGUCCUGCAGGACGCUCAGUUUGACUCCCAGAGGGCGAUCCAGCAAACACUACAGAAGUCAGAGAGCACGAAGAAUCGGAUUAAUGCUCGAGCUACUGAAGAGGUGAACGUCUCGCGCUCUCAGGUUCUCUUCACCUCGUUGGUCAGCGUGGAUGUGCAGGAGGAUCAGCUGAUAACCCAGCUGCUCCAAGAUAAGCUGCUGCUAGCUCCACCUUCCCAGUGUCGCGGAAGGAGGGACAUUAAAGGACCCUCCUCCCUGUUUUUCAUAACCUCUGACCUGCUCAGGCAAAAGCCCCUUUCACCAGAGGAGGUCCCACUCAGCCGCAAGCUCUCCACAUCGGCUUGCCCCGCCCACGUGACUUUUGACCUGUACAGGCGGCAGCAGUCCUGGGAGACGACGCCCUGACGGGAGACGGCGCCCUGACGGGAGACGACCUGCCUGCCGACUGGGAUAAAGAUGGACGACACUGUGACGCUGGCGUUAGAGCUGAAACUGGAGGUGAUGAGUGAGGGAAGGCUGACCUGUGAGGGUUUUCCAGAGAUGGUAGGCCCGCCCGCCGUGAUGCCAGAAGUGACGUCACAUUUGCUUUUGUUUCACAUUCUCGUGUUUCUUCUUUGUAACCUCUCAUUGUGACGACAUGUCCGUGAAGCUCGGGGCUUUGUGUCCUCGACGUGUUUUUCAGACGCAGCCUGAGAUUUACUGGAGGAAAUGCUUAGUCAACACAUUGAUGAUCUAUUUCAGGAUGAAGUGGUCAAAGUGUAUCUGUUGUAAAUGUUUCAUGUAAAUGAAAACGUGUUUCCUUAGAAACGGUUAGAAAACGAUAACAAUUGAUCUUAGCGUGAAAAAACAUUUUCCCCUGUUGGUGUCGCAGUCACACAGGACGUGUGUG